ACCAGGAUUCUUGGCAAAUUUGAGAAUGUUGCUAGACACAGCAACUGAUGAUUAUCCGGAUUUACAAGCAAUAAACAAUUCUGAUCAUGACAAUCAGCAACAGAAAGGUCACUCCCAGGAGUCAGCAUGCAAAAAAGGUUUAUGGCAGGUGUCACCAUCAUAA